AUGGCUGAGAAUUCUCAGAUGUUGCUCCGUCACAUUCUGGAAGCUCCGUAUCCGAGAUCGUCCGCGCAUUCCUACUUCUCGCCUGCCGCCCUAGAUAGUGCCACCGGGUCAGUUGACAAGGAGAAUUUUGACAAGCUCAAAGCUGCCUAUGACGCUUGCUUGGACGAGGACACUAUUAAGAAACUCGGUGUCGUCCCGUUGGUUGAGAUACUCAACGACACUUCGACUCAUUUCUCGUCUGGCGACCUCGCUUCGACAAUCUCAUUCAUGCUCAAGUCUGGGAUGUCGUCUUUGAUAUCUGCUGACACCGGUGCCGACGAUAAAGAUCCAGACACUGUGGUCGUCUCUAUUUCGGCUCCAUGGAGUAUCGGUUUACCUGCGAAGGAGAUGUAUCAAGACGCAAAUCUCGUGAAGAAGUAUGGAGAUACGGCUUCGCAAGUUCUCUCGGCUCUUCGCGAGGAUGCUGCUGCGGCUGCGGUGGACGCUCAUGCUUUGGUAGAAUUUGAGAAAAAGCUUGCGAAGGCCUCGCCAGAUGCUGAAGACCGCAACGACGUUACGAAAUACUACAACCCCAUGUCACUGGCCGAUGCAGACACUCUAACUCCACAAUUGAAGCUGUCUCAAAUCCUCGACAGUCUCGUUCCCAAGGACUACAAACUAGAUCGAGUCAUAGUCAUGGCGCCACAAUAUAUGAAGGAUCUUAGUAAACUGCUGACUGAUACUCCAAAAGAGACCCUCCACUCGUACUUCAUCUGGAAGGCCAUCCAGUCAUAUGCCAGUUUCAUUGAAGCCGAUGCGGUCGAACCCCUCAAGCGUUUUUCGAACGAGUUGGCGGGCAAGGAUCCAGAUACAAAACCGGAACGGUGGAGGACGUGUGUCUCCCACGUCGACUUUGGGGUCGGCUGGAUUCUGAGCCGCUUCUUCGUUGAGAAAGCGUUCUCCGCAAAAGCAAAGCAAUUUGGCGACCAAAUUGUCUCCGAUAUCAAGGACCAGUUCAUUGAAAAGCUCAAGGUUACUGAGUGGAUGGAGAAGGAAGUGAUUGAGUUGGCCAUCUCCAAGGUCCACAACAUCGUCCAAAAAAUUGGAUAUCCAGACAAGAGUCCCAAUAUUAUGGAUCCCGUAAGCCUGAAGAAAUACUAUGAUCCAGUCAAUAUCACUUCCUCGACAUACUUUGGCAAUGCAGUGUCCAUCAUCCGUAACGAGCUCGCUCGCGAGUGGGCUGCCCUUGGUAAACCUGUGGAUAGGAAUCAAUGGGAUAUGACUGUUCCCACAGUGAAUGCGUACUACAAUCCUCCCGGCAACGAGAUCGUCUUCCCAGCAGGAAUCAUGCAGCAGUUCCCUGUCUUUGAUGUCGAUGUCCCGCAGUAUCUCAGCUACGGCGCCUUCGGCUCCGUUUCGGGGCACGAGCUCUCCCACGCAUUUGACUCAACCGGACGCCAUUACGACCAAAACGGCAAUUUCACCGACUGGUGGACCGAAAAGACGGUCCAGAAUUUCAAAAAGCGCGCAGAGUGUUUCGUCGAGCAGUACUCCAACUUCACUGUACCAGGGCCAGAUGAUAAACCGUUGCAUGUCAAUGGCCGACUGACUCUAGGCGAAAAUAUUGCCGAUGCAGGAGGUCUCUCUGCAGCGUUUGCAGCAUGGAAGAAGCGAGCGGCGCAAAAGCCAAACCAGGACCUUCCGGGCCUGGAGUUCUUCACACAGGAACAGUUGUUCUUCGUCAACUACGCCAAUUGGUGGUGCGGGAAGACGAGGAAGGAAACGGCCAUUCAACGCAUCUACCUGGAUCCCCAUGCACCGAAGUUUGCCAGGAUUUUGGGCACCAUGGCCAACUCCAGGGACUUCAGGGAGAGUUUCCACUGUGAGAAGACAGAGCCCGUCUGUGAAUUGUGGUAA